AUGACUCUCUACUCGUCUCCGCCUCCGGCACGGCCCUUCAGCGAGGACAAGCCGACUCUCUUGACAUCGUGGUGGAUCACGCUGCUAUGUGCCUUCAUCAUUCUCCUCCGUCUCGUGGGGCGGUUUGUGCGGGUCGAGAAGCUGUUUGGAGAGGACAAGGUCGCCGCCCUGGUGUUGAUACCCCUCUUCCUGCGCAUGGCCUUUGUGCACCCUAUUCUCUUGUUUGGAACCAACAAUGUCGAGUUGAACGAUGAGCUGGACUUGUCGGACGAGGGGCUCCGGCGGCGGGCCAUUGGGAGCGGACUGGUGCUGAUCAGUCGUAUGCUACUAUGGCUGCUCAAGCUGGUUACUCUCGAGUUCUUUGAUCGCCUGGUUGGACUUUCUGGGAGGAACCGCUACACCUUGCUCCUUCGGUCGAUGCGCAUUGCUUUGGUCGCGACCUUUGUGGCGGUUGUCGUCAGUGAUCUUGCGGAAUGCCAGCCGUUCGCAAAGUACUGGCAGGUCAGUCCGGACCCGGGACCGCAGUGUCGUCAGGGCUACGCAAACCUCCUCACGGCAUCAGUUUGUAACGCGGCUACUGACCUGCUGCUGGUUGUGUUCCCUGUGCCCAUUGUCAUACAAAGCCGACUGCCGAUGGGACACAAGUCGCUGCUGGUUGCCCUCUUUUGUCUCCACAUCUUUACGGUGGUGGUGACCAUCUGUCGGGUGCCUCAGAUCAUCAGCGAGCAGGGAUACCAAGCGACGAGGACGACAUGGGCUUCGGCCGAUAUCCUGAUGGCAACAUUUGCGGCCAACGCACUUACCAUCGGGACGUUUAUGAGAGACAAGGGUGUCAAGAAGAAGAAGUUCAAAUACGAGCCGACAGAGUCGCAAAACAGAAGAAACUCGAGGAAGGAUUCGAUGGCCAUCUCGAAGAAGCCGUCCUGGGAUGAGGAUGAUGACAUGGAGGCGGAUUAUCCUGAAGGAAAACGCGGAGGGCUGAGUCGUACAAAGACGCCCGACAUCUCCUCGACACCAGGAGAGAUCGAGCAAGCCAAGAGGGAGAUCAAGUCCCCCAGGGUGCACCACAGCAGUCGGUCAGCCAGCAUGGACUCGCUGAUUCCUAGGGGUCGACAGACACCUGCCACCCAAGUGGUCAAGACCACCACUUUUGAGAUGACAGUCUCGUCGUCUGAUGACCAGGAACAUGUUCGGUGCAAAAAGCAGGCCCACGUAGGGCUCUGUCUGACACCCAUUCACGGGGUGGUGACAGCGACGGCAAACGGACGAGGGAGGGGGUCCAGCAUCCUUCUUCGCGAGAUGAAACCGAUGCCAGACGCUCAAAACGAGGAGACGGAGCAGCAACAGCGCUGA